GUCCGUGCUGUCAACCUCCGUCCGAGUGACGGAGAGUAUUGUACUACACAAGAUUCGUCAAUGUUAACAAUUUCUGUGUACCAAUUGCUCUAAAAAAUCUCAAGAACGAACGAUACAGUUGAGUUUAAAAAACAGUACAUACACAAUGAUUCGCACAUCAAUCCUGGUUUUGGGAAUCUUGGGUUCAGCCUUAGGAAUUGAUCAGUAUCAACCAGAAGCUGUGCACAUCGCUUAUGGAGAUAAUGUGCACGACAUCUCCAUCACUUGGACUACGAUGGAUAAAACUGAACAAUCCAUUGUUCAAUAUGGUAUUAAUGGUUACGCACUCACAGCCAAGGGUAAUUCAACUCCAUUUGUCGACGGAGGCCGAAAAAAACACAAGCAAUACAUACACAGGGUAUUGUUGAAAGACUUAACACCGGGUAGUAAAUAUGUGUACCAAUGUGGAAAUGAGUAUGCAUGGUCAGACAUGUUUUAUUUUGUAACUGCACCGGCUGACCAGGCAACAUGGGCUCCCCAUGUCGUUAUCUUUGGGGAUAUGGGUAAUGAAAAUGCACAGAGUCUGCGCAGGCUACAAGAAGAAACUCAGCGCGGUCUGUACGAUGCAGCAAUCCAUGUAGGUGAUUUUGCAUAUGAUAUGAAUACAAACAAUGCCGCUGUCGGAGACCAAUUCAUGCGGCAAAUUGAAUCGAUUGCAGCCUAUCUGCCGUACAUGACAGUGCCUGGUAAUCACGAAGAGAAAUACAAUUUCAGUAACUAUAGAGCUCGCUUUACAAUGCCCGGAGAAUCGGAAGGCCUUUGGUACAGCUUCAAUAUGGGCCCGGUGCAUUUUAUCGGCAUUGAAACAGAAGCCUAUUAUUUUAUGAACUAUGGACUGAAACAGCUUGUUAAACAGUAUGAAUGGCUCGACAAUGACUUGCGCGAAGCCAAUACACCUGAAAAUAGAGCCAAACGCCCCUGGAUCGUUACUUUUGGACACAGACCGAUGUACUGCAGUAAUGCUAACGCCGAUGAUUGUACAAAUCAUGAAUCCCUGGUUAGAGUUGGAUUGCCACUUUUCCACUGGUUCGGUCUGGAAGAUUUGUUUUAUAAGCACAAAGUGGACCUGGAAAUAUGGGCACAUGAACACAGCUAUGAACGCUUGUGGCCUAUGUAUAACUUUAAGGUGUACAAUGGAUCGUACGAGCAACCGUACAGAAAUUACAAAGCUCCAGUGCAUAUAGUGACUGGAUCUGCUGGUUGUAAGGAAGGAAGAGAAAAGUUUAUCCCUAAUAGGCCAGACUGGUCUGCAUACCGUAGCUCUGACUAUGGAUAUACCCGUUUGAAGGCAUUCAAUACAACUCAUCUGUACCUAGAGCAGGUAUCUGAUGACAAACAAGGAGCAGUUUUGGACCAAUUUUGGUUAAUCAAAGAUGAAUUUUCGCCGAAAUAUACUCUAAAUUAAUUUUAAAUAAAUAACUAACAUUUUGAUAUACAUGCAUGAUAUUAUGUUUUCUUUUUAAUUUCAUUAAUCUUGUUUUCUGCGCUACCUUCGUCAACAAUUCAAUUAUUUUGUAGUUCUUAUGAGAUAACUAGUGCUUAUAAAAAUUACACAAUAUUCUCAUCUUUCACAGGAAGUAGCACAGAAAAUAGAAUUUGUGGCAUCUGCGCAUGUAGGGACAAG